CGCCGUCGUCGUUGUGUUGCGUGCUGGAAAUCGCGGCGGUGGCGUUUAGCUGCUACUGCCACCAUCGUGUGGAGUCUUACAUCCGCGCUUACAUCGGCUCACUCUCAUUUGUACAGUGCUCGAGAGAUUCGCGGGACUGAUAGAUAGAUAUCGAUAGAUUAAUUAUUAAACAUAAUAGAGAGAGAGAGAAGAUUUCUUUUUUUCCAAAGAAGAGAGAAAAUAAUCUCUCUGAUCGCACACUUUGCGUGAUUUGAUCUGACGGAAAUUUCUCUCGAGAAAGAAUUAAACGAAGAAUCUGCGUUUAUAUGUAUUGCGUGACCUCGUUGUGAGAAUAGCGAACACGACCAUCCUCUAGGGACACCGCGAUACCGGGGCAAGGUUACUGCGCGCUCGCUCCGUGUUCCAGGUGAGGAGCGCAGGUGAGAACACAUCGAGCAGGCGCAUCGAGGCAAUUUUCAGUUCUUCGUAUUCGCGUGCUCGCUGUCAUCCCUCUCUCUGAUUUCACAUAAGAUGCGUUCGGUAGGUGUUCGCUCUCUGCCUCGAUCGCAAGAGCGCGGACUAAUGUGUAGCGAGCGUCGAGAUUGAGAUAAAAAAUUCGAAUAUAGGAAAGAGAUCGUUAUAUAUCUCUGUCUAUAUAGAAAAGAAUUAAUAUAAUCAAAGGGGAGUUUCGACGGAUGAGAAACAUCCUCGAUGAUGUCGUUGGGAUUCGAGAGCGGGAUUGUUCGCGUAAUCGGUCGAGAGUGAUCGGGCGAUGAGAAUCUUUUUCUGCGAGAAGUCGCCGUACCGUCGCCUCAAGCAGCAGCUACCUGCCCGGAUGUCGACGAGGCUGCGACUUUGUCGCUGAAAGAAUUGCCAAGGAAAAUCGGCUUGCCGUGCGCGAGAAAGAAAAGGAGAGAUUCGUCGAGAAUGUCGCUGCAUUAUCCUCGGAGAUACCGGUACCGAUCCGCGUCGAAGGCAAAUGGCGGAGGAAUCGGGAGUUCUGGCGAGCAGGGUUCCGAUAGCGACGUGGAGGAACUCAGCGAUCUCGAGGACGAUGAAGACGAAGACGAGGAUGGGGCGUGUAUGUCUGUCAACAGACGUGCGGUGAGAAGAGGAAACGAGGAGGAUGAUGAGGACGGUGAAAACGGCCGGAACGAUGAUGAUGACAACGACGACGACGACGACGACGACGAUGAUGAUGACGACGACGACGACGAUGACGACGACGAGGACGACGAGGAUGACGACGAGGAAGAAGAAGGCGAGGGACUGCCUUAUCCAGGUUUCGUUCCUAUUGCUCUCAGAUAUCUCGACCAGACUACACGACCGCGCAACUGGUGUCUCGCGCUGAUCACUAAUCCGUGGUUCGAAAGAGUGAGCAUGAUGGUGAUUCUUCUGAAUUGCAUCACACUUGGGAUGUACCAGCCGUGCGUGGACGAUCAAUGCGUAACGAAUCGAUGUAAGAUACUGCAGAUGUUCGACGAUAUCAUUUUUGCCUUCUUCUCCUUGGAGAUGACUAUCAAGAUGGUAGCUAUGGGGAUUUACGGUAAAGGAACUUAUCUCGCAGAUUCCUGGAAUAGACUAGACUUCUUUAUAGUAGUGGCUGGCGCUUUGGAAUACUGCCUAAACGUGGAAAAUAUGAAUCUAUCAGCCAUACGAACGAUAAGGGUCUUAAGACCGUUACGAGCGAUCAAUCGAAUACCAAGUAUGCGAAUUCUGGUAAUGCUACUGCUCGAUACACUUCCUAUGCUGGGCAACGUGUUGUUACUGUGUUUCUUCGUCUUCUUCAUAUUCGGUAUCGUCGGCGUGCAACUGUGGGAGGGUAUUCUACGUCAACGUUGUUUCCUCAAAGCCCUGCCCAACGUCAAGUACCCCGAUGAUCUGGAGAAAUAUUUCGAGUAUCAGGGUCAGGAUUACAUCUGUUCGCGUCCCGACGACAGCGGGAUGCACUUGUGCAGUAAUUUGCCGCCGCUCAAGAUCGGAAAUUUAGUAUGCAACAAUACCGCUGUGCCAAACAGUAACAUCACGUUCAUCAACAAUGAAACCUGCGUUAAUUGGAACUAUUACUAUACAGAGUGCAAGGGCCAGGGCAAUAAUCCAUUCCAAGGAACAAUCUCAUUCGAUAACAUCGGUCUCGCUUGGGUCGCCAUAUUUCUUGUAAUUAGUCUGGAAGGAUGGACGGAUAUAAUGUAUUAUGUUCAAGACGCUCACUCCUUCUGGGACUGGAUUUACUUUGUGCUCUUGAUAGUAAUCGGUUCGUUCUUUAUGAUCAAUCUCUGCUUGGUCGUAAUUGCGACGCAAUUCUCGGAGACGAAGAAGCGAGAAAUGGAGAGGAUGCGACUGGAGCGCGCUCGCUAUCAUUCGACCUCGACGCUCGCGUCGUCUACGAAUACCUCGGAGCCUACUACUUGUUACGCCGAAAUCGUCAAAUACAUCGCCCACCUCUGGCGAAGAGGUAAACGAAGACUGAUGAAGAAGUAUCGUCUGUGGUUGUACAAAAGACAACAGAGACGGGAGCAAAAUUUACUCAAGGAACAGCAGAGUCAACCGUUUCGCCCGAACACUGCCGGUCCAAAUCGAAUACCAGGUGAUAGAAGACUACAUCACGGAAGGUGUCCGCGAUUACUGGCCGCACUGGAAUACGCGGAACAGCAACAACAACCUCAACAACAGCAAGCGGCUGGCAAUGGUAACGGUGGAUCCGUUACCGAUUUCGCCAUGGUUACGCCUUCGGUGCAACCAACGGUGGCAAUUUCCACUCCGACAACUGCCGGGAAUAGCGUCGGUGGUAGCGGAAACUUGAGUAUUGCACCUCGCGCCAGCCCCGAGGCUUCCGAGGCCGAAGCUUCCGCGAACACGUGUCACAGACUGAGUGCGCAUCGCGCUUCUUCCGUGUCUUACAACGGGAGUGAAAAUAUCGUCGUCGGAAAUCCGACUGAGACGAACAGCACGUUGUUGAGUCCACCGUGUACGCAUUAUCGAAGAAGAAGCAGCGUAAUGUUUAGCGACGUCGUACUGCUCCAUGGCAGCAAUAAUGUCGGGAAUGCGUUGCAGUCGGGGACGACGGUGACACCGGGCGAACGUAACGUCUGCUCGAGCGAGAAGAUGACACAGACAGGCGAUGGUAACGUUUGGUCCAGCCCCCUACCGGACCACGUACAGAUGCAAGCCGAGCUGGGUGGCAACGAGGCUAUGACGUGUCAGGAAUUGCUGGCUCUCAGCGGUGCUCUCAGCGCAGCUCUACCUACUGGUCAAUUAGCACUUGAUUCGUUUCUAAACUCCCUCACAAAAGGUAUUACAGAUCGUCACAUCACGUUGGAGGAUCGCACGCAGUGGUUGACGUCUGACAUCGACAAUUGUUCCUGUUGUUGCGAGCUGCAAGCUGCCGAUCAAUGGGCGGAAGACGGCGAAAAGUGGCAAAAAGCCUCACGGGCUCGACGAUUUUUUAGACGCGCCGGAAGCUGCUGCAUCUGUACACUGCGCUGUAUAAGACGGUGGAUCAAGAAGCUUGUUGAACAUAAAUACUUUCAACAGGGUAUUCUUCUAGCGAUUCUCAUUAACACCAUGAGCAUGGGAAUCGAGUAUCACAAUCAGCCGGAACAAUUAACGGUGGCUGUUGAAAUAAGCAACAUUGUGUUCUCGGCAAUUUUUGCGGUAGAGAUGUUGCUUAAAAUAAUAGCGGAAGGUCCGUUCGGCUACAUCAGCAACGGCUUUAACGUCUUCGACGGCAUUGUUGUCGUUUUGAGCGUUGUCGAGCUUUGUCAAGCAUUUGUGGAGGAGCGCGGUGGUAGUUCCGGCCUGAGCGUUCUGCGCACCUUUCGUCUACUCAGGAUUCUGAAGCUGGUACGAUUUCUGCCCAAUCUGCGCAGACAGCUCUUCGUGAUGCUGCGUACCAUGGAUAACGUUGCCGUAUUCUUUUCUCUUUUAGUGCUUUUCAUCUUUAUAUUCAGCAUCCUAGGAAUGUACCUGUUCGGGGGUAAGUUUUGCAUGUGGGCGGACCGGAGUCGGCCCUGCACCUGUGCCGAGGUGGUCUCGCGGCACCCAAUGUGCCGCUGUGAUCGCAAACAUUUCAACGACAUCGUCUGGGCACUAGUCACUGUCUUUCAGAUCCUUACGCAGGAAGACUGGAACGUCGUUCUCUUUAACGGUAUGCAGAAGACAUCUCACUGGGCUGCCCUUUAUUUCGUAGCGUUGAUGACCUUCGGAAAUUAUGUUCUUUUUAAUCUUCUGGUCGCCAUUCUUGUUGAAGGUUUUUCUUCGGAGAGAAACGAGAGAAGAGAACGAGAACAGAGGGAAAUGGCAAAAAAGCUUGCUACGAAAGAAGCUGGAAUAGGCAGCGAGGAUGGGUCGUCAAGAAUAUCGGGAUCACAUUCGAUUUCUGACAGUGAUACAUAUACUCAGGAUCAGAAAAACUCUUGGCAAAGUGCAGAGGAACUUAGGAAGUACAAAGAUAACAGAGAGAAGCAGAACAGCGUGUGGAAACAGGAGAUCGAUGAACCCAAGUGUAAUAUUCAGAAAGAGAGCAAGAUGAUGGGUGUGGCGGGUCAGCCGCCAAUAAUCACUCAUACGGCGGCCACUCCUCAAGACUCUCCUAACACCACCCUGGACGUCUCCCCUCGGCCAGUUUAUGCCCUUUCAAUCGAAUCUAUCGAUCGAUCCGGUAGUCAGUGCAGCAUACCCUCGGGAUUGUUAAAGCUGCCCGAUGUAUCUACCAAAAUACCGACGAACAACUUAAUAGCCGGUCAAUUUCCGAGACGCAUAAGCCUCGUCACAGCCGUCGUUAAUCCCUCAACGAGGGACUCGAGUUCUAGUCCGCCGAGAAUACAAAGAGGUUACUCGUGGCGAUUGACUCGACCGUCUUUGCGAAGGAAACGAUGGUCGCAAAGUGACGACGAACACACAAGCCAUACCGCUACUGUUCUCAAUAAUGGACGCAGUACCAUUGUCGGAUCUAAUCCAACAUUUAACGGCGGUUAUUUGCACGGUUCAAUAAGAAACAACACACAACGCGACGCGCCUAAUAAUCGAACUACCGUCCUCACAAGCAAUAAUCGUAGUUUGAGUCCUAAUAAUUCGCUCGACAGCCAUGGCCCAUGGUCGAUUCGUCGUUAUACCGUCACACCCAAUCAGAUGCGUUGGAUCGGCGAGCUUUCGCGAAGAAAUUCGCUACGCGGGUACGAUAACGUACAGACAUCCACGAGAAAAGCAUUGGACGAGAUGCUCGCCCCGUCCUCGACUCCGCGCACAAUCAACAAUCUCUCGAUGGAGACCGGUCCAUUGCCUAGAAUCAAUCGACUUCGCGAUCAGGAAGAGGAACAUCAUAGAACGACAGGCGAGCAAACUCCUCCGUCGAACGGAGGCCAUGGGAGUGCGAGCAGCAUCGAGAAGAUAAAAAAAAUAUUUAUGUUCUUUGAACCGAAGGGCUGUUUGCAGGAGCGUGAAAAUUAUUCCCUAUAUUUAUUCCCGCCAAAUAACAGAUUUCGUAUCUUGUGUCAAUGGUUCGUCGAGCAAAAAUGGUUCGACAACGUAGUGUUGUUGUUUAUCGGACUGAAUUGCAUUACUCUGGCUAUGGAACGACCAAAUAUACCACCGGACAGUCGUGAAAGACUUUUUCUAUCCACCGCGAAUUAUAUUUUUACUGUUGUUUUUGCCAUCGAGAUGUUUAUUAAGGUUGUCGCAACGGGUAUGUUAUAUGGUCCGGAUGCGUAUUUUACUUCAGGCUGGAAUGUUAUGGAUGGCGCUCUGGUUAUUAUUUCCAUAAUCGAUUUGUCAAUGUCAUUGCUCUCAUCCAGUAGCCCCAGAAUAUUUGGAAUAUUGAGAGUAUUUAGACUAUUAAGAUCAUUGAGACCUCUGCGAGUGAUCAAUCGCGCACCUGGUUUAAAACUGGUCGUUCAAACGUUGCUGUCUUCGUUACGACCUAUUGGUAACAUCGUUCUGAUCUGUUGCACGUUUUUCGUUAUCUUUGGCAUCCUCGGCGUGCAACUGUUUAAGGGUGCGUUCUAUUAUUGCGAAGGCCCUGACAUCAAGAAUGUACGCAAUAAAACGGACUGUCUGGCUGACAAGCGAAACGUGUGGCUCAACAGAAAAUAUAAUUUCGACGAUCUUGGCAAAGCCCUUAUGUCACUUUUCGUUUUGUCAUCGCGAGAUGGAUGGGUGAAUAUCAUGUACACAGGUUUAGACGCUGUUGGAGUCGAUCAGCAGCCUAUAGAAAAUUACUCCGAGUGGCGUUUAUUAUAUUUCAUCGCAUUUAUAUUGUUGGUGGGUUUCUUCGUCCUGAAUAUGUUCGUCGGCGUGGUGGUGGAGAAUUUUCACAGGUGCCGCGAAGAGCAGGAGAAGGAAGAGCGCGUGCGAAGGGCGGCCAAACGCGCGCUGCAGAUGGAGAAAAAGAGACGAAAGAUGCACGAGCCGCCAUAUUACACCAAUUAUUCCAAAUCCCGACUCUUCGUUCACAACGUCGUGACAUCCAAGUACUUCGAUCUGGCAAUCGCUGCUGUUAUCGGUCUUAAUGUUGUCACGAUGGCGAUGGAGUUCUACAUGAUGCCGAAAGCGCUGACCUACGCGUUGAAAAUCUUUAAUUACUUCUUUACCGCAGUUUUUAUUCUCGAGUCCGUCAUGAAGCUCGUUGCUCUCGGUUUGCAGCUUUAUCUAAAGGAUAAAUGGAAUCAAUUAGAUGUAGGAAUAGUGAUAUUAUCAGUGGUCGGCAUUGUGCUGGAAGAGGUCGAAUCCAAAAUCAUUCCUAUUAAUCCUACGAUAAUUCGCGUAAUGCGAGUGCUGCGAAUAGCCCGAGUAUUGAAGCUUUUGAAGAUGGCAAAGGGCAUACGGGCUCUUUUAGACACGGUGAUGCAAGCACUGCCGCAGGUCGGCAAUCUGGGGUUGUUAUUCUUUUUACUUUUCUUCAUAUUUGCUGCGUUAGGAGUAGAGCUUUUUGGCCGAUUAGAAUGCAAUGAUGAUAUGCCUUGUCAGGGUCUCGGCGAACACGCUCAUUUCAGCAAUUUUGGCAUGGCCUUUUUAACGCUUUUUCGAGUUGCUACCGGCGAUAAUUGGAAUGGAAUCAUGAAAGAUACACUGAGGGAUGAUUGCGACGAUGCGGCAGAUUGCGUUAAGAAUUGUUGCGUGAGCACUAUUAUUGCGCCGAUAUUUUUCGUUAUUUUUGUUUUGAUGGCACAAUUUGUACUGGUAAAUGUCGUCGUCGCAGUGCUGAUGAAACAUCUGGAAGAAAGUCACAAACAGAUGGAAGAUGAACUCGAUAUGGAGACGCAGUUGGAGAGAGAAUUAGCAGCUGAACAGGAAGAACUUCUUGAGGUGGAGGAAGAGGAUGAGGAGGACGAAGCAAUACACAGAAUGGAUGGAGAUGAGGAUGACGAUGAUGAGGACAAAGAACAUGAAUCUAUUGUGGAAAACGAAAAGAUAUCCGCUGUAAGACCAGGGUUGGCUAAAGUUCGUUCUUUACCUGCAAAUUUCAUUUAUAAUCCACCGAGAAAUAUCGAUGACGCUUCGAUUUCCAUGUCUUUGGACGAGAAACGCCGCAGUUCGCAUUAUCGAAACUCAAGACCGUCCAAGUUUAAGUCAAAGCGCCGACAAACUUUCCACUCUGGUCAUUAUCAACGAAGAUCGCUGUUACCAAUGCAUUUUGAAGUCACCGAGGUCUUCGAAAAACCCGUAAACAAUUUGAGUGUGCCCCGAAUCAUCGCACACCGCAGCUAUGCCGCUGCUAGUCAAACUACCAGUCAUAUACAACAUCAAAAGUCACAAACAAGCAUCAACGAAACACGAGAGAAUAAGUCUUUGUUGAGCGUCAGCAAGCCGCCAGAUAGCCCUACGCUAGUUGUUCCCGCCGCCUCAAGCAGUAGCACCCUAAGCGUGCCGCCGAGGUUAACUAGCGAUCGUUAUCUCAUGCCGACCGUCGAGAUGUACCCAUCCAAAGCGAUGAUGAGUCGCCGAACGUCGAGCGAUACGCCGUCGCAAUCGGACACAAGCGCUGGAAGCAGCGGCACGCGAACGCUCAGCAUAGCGAACGGCUACGCUGGCGGCAAGGCUCGACUGGAUGAACAAAAGCCGAAGGCGUCGACAACGGUGGCACAGGACGACCUCGACGUGCAAUCGGUGAUCAACGAGAGGAGGCCGUCCAAGCUGAAGACGACACAUGAUGGCGCUGCUUCUACUUCCGCCAGCAUUGCCAGUGAUCAGUACAGUGCGAUGAUUCGCGGUGAAGGUUAUAACCACAUCUACGUCGUUACUGACGACAGAUCCGACGAUAUACCGUCGCCGUGCGGCAAUGUAAGCGAGAGCACCGGUACCGGAAGCAUCAGCGUCGCCGCUAGCAUCAGCGUUGUUGGCAGCAUCUGUGGUGUCGGCAAUGUCAGUGUCGUCGGAAGCAUCAGCAGUAGCAGCGGCAGUGGUAGCCGAAGCGGUGGCAACGAUAAUGUUGCAACUGGUACUACUGACGGGGUGCAUAUCGGCGAGGGCGGCGCGAUCGGAUCCGAUGUGAGAAUUUACGUGGACGACACGGACUCGGCGAGCAGCAGCAACGGACAUCGUCGUCGCGGUGGAAGACUGCGCGACGAUGAGACCCUAGACGCCUCAACUACUAUCUCUUCCACUAUGACAAUGAGAGAUGGUUGCAGAGGUGAAGGCACUGGCGGCACGAACGAAAACAGGGAAACAUCUGAGAGACCGUCCUUUGCUGGUGGAUCGCUGGAUCCUUCUUAAUCCAGAGUGAAGACGAGCCCAAAGUAGUCUCUAGUCCGUGUGUGUACUGCGAGAAGUUUAGAAAGUGGAACGUGGUACACCACAAUAAUGGAAAUACUUAGGCGUGAAGAAAGAAGGAUUUGAGAAAAGGCUCUAAGAAAGACUGUAGUGCAUGACAAUAUAGUCCUUAUAUUCUAGUCACUUCGCCGCCGUGAACUUGCCAAAAGCUCGAACAUUUAGGGAAGUUGAGUUUUGAAAGAGAGAGAGAGAGAAAGAGAGAGAGAAAGAAAGUAUAGAGAAAGCAUCCCGCAUAUCCUGUAAAGGAGAUAUUAAAUACAACUGCGCGUACAAUCGAACGACGUAAAUCAGGGAGAAAUUUACUGAGAACUAAAAACAGCUGUGCAAAAAUGCGCGCAAUCUGCGCAACUUGAAAACCUAUGACAAUCUCUUUAUUGCCAACGGAACCAAAACUCAAAAAGUUCCGAAGCAUUGUGGAAAUCGAUUUGUAGGAAUUGGUAGGAAGACGAACGACGUAGAUCGCGUCGGGAAAAAAAAAAAAAAAAAAAAAAAAAAAUUAGAGAAAACAAUUUUCAGUAGUUUAUAGCUAGAUCUUAUGUCGAGUCUACAAGACAAAACUGCAAUUAAUUGGACCACACUGUCUCUCUCGCCUUUUCUUAUUCUCUUCUACAUAAUCGCGCGCCGUCAAAUCGUCGGUUGUGAAUCAAACAUGUUUAUACAAUUGAUCGAUAUAAAUUGUAUUCUUGCUACACUUGAUCGAUUAAUUAAUUAAUUGAUUUGAUCGAUCAAUUGUGAAAAUCAUAUAAACAAUCGUCGUGCGAGAAUCGCGAUUUUUAUAUAUUCGUUUCGUUUUACUUCAACUCUUUUUCACACUCUAGAGUUCUUCUCGUUGACAUCUGUGAUAUACUUUAAUCGUAGUAUACUUCCUAACGAUAUAACACACAGCGAAUAUAUCAGCAUGAAACAACAACAGCAGCAGUGACAACAGUGGCAGCAGAAAAUAGCCAACAAUUUUGGAGAGUGAGAGAUGUAGCUGACUUUUUAAUAAAAAAAAAAAAUGAAAAUCAAUGUCUAGGUGGUUUUUGGUGGGUGAGCAAACAUAGAGAGGAGAACAAAACAAAGAGAGAUUUAAAAGUAGAAACUCUAUUACUGUACAUACAUACAUCUAUGAAUAUUCUAUACUCUACACUUGGUGUGGUUUAUUUUGAUACUACCGCGUGCGGUAAUAUACUUAACGAUUGUCGAAGUAAAAAAACAAAAAAAAAAAAAAAAGAAAAAGUAAAACAUAAACUCUAUGCCUUUUAUGAACGUUGACGAACCUUCGUGCGGUGGUGGUGCCCGCGUUUUUUUCAGCUGCAAAAAAGGGUAACAAAGAACCGAUGAACUAUUCGCAUUCUUCCAACCCGGAAGAAUUGAAAAAAGGUGUAGUCGCUAAGAUCACAUGUCAAUAACGCGCGUGCGCGCUCCGCAUUGCUUUGAGAUAAAAAAAAAUUUAAUGGUAAUCGUCGGCCGAUCGAAUUUCCGAUCGGUCGAAUUUCGUGUUUAAUUUAAAACGUCUAACAGGAUCUUGGGAUGGUAACGCGUUUAGAAUACGUUACUAAUCUUUCAAUAGUGUUAGACAUUUUAAGGGAAACAUGUAGGUAAUUACGCGUAUCCAUGUGUGUGUUUUACGUACACGCGCGUCUCUUCGGCACCACGACCGGCUCUCGAUAGCUCGGUAGCGUUUUAGACGACUGACUUCCGAAUUAUAGUUGAAACUCUAGCCAUACAUACGCACCGAUCGCGAUCGAACACACGUAUCAAAAAAAAUAGAUUUGGCAAGAGUACGUUAUUGUUAAAAACAAAAAGAAAAAAAGAGAAAAAAUACACAGAACACAUUGGUCCAUAAAAUCAGAUAAUUGUAAAAAAAAUCGUAAACUAUACGCUAUCGUAUGUAUGUACUACACGCGUAUUUGAUUGAGUCAUGUUAUAAUAUCGAAACUCAGCGUGCCUAUCUCGAAUCUAUUUUUUUUUUUUUUGGCUCGUAGAGAAGGCAGUGAUCGUGUAAUUUAAAGAAACUUGCAACAACAUGAAACUAAUAAGUAAAUGGAAUAAUAAAAAACCGCAAAAAAAAAAAAAAAAAGAACUACCAAAAAUCGGGAGCCGUCGUCAGCCCCAGAUAUAUAAAGCGUUAUUUUUAAUUACGAUAACGGUAUACCCCGGUAAUGGGGAUAUCCGUAAGACUAGGAAGUGUCUCGCGUGUACCGCCCGUCUUAAUCGGUGGCUUGGUGAACGCAAAACUUCGACUUCGCUUCAUCACAUAAAGCCGAAAAGUACAACGCAAUGUAGGAUACGUGUGUGAUGGGAAACGGCAUGUGUGAAAAGAUUUGAGAUAAGUGGAGAGAGUUAAAGAAGAACUAAAUAUGUACAAAUGCAAUAAAAAUCGAGCGACGAUUA